AGUAUCCAAUUACGAAACAAGAAUUGUUGAUUACGCGGUUAUUUAACUUGAAUACAAAGGCGAUAUAAUAACAUACAGAUUAUAUUUUGUAAUCAUAACAUGCAGUCAGGUGAUGUAGCAAAGUGAAGUAAUCAGAAAGUGGAAGUGAUGAAAAUAAGAAUGAAUUCCGCCAUCUUUGUUCUCGUCGUGCUGGUUGAUGUAACAUUUUGCAGACCACCACAGCCCAGCGAAACAUUAAAUUAUAAACCAACCGUUGCUAUCCUCGCGCAGCUUGUCGAAGGUCAAAGCAAUUCGUACAUCGCUGCCUCUUAUGUCAAGUAUCUAGAAAGUGCUGGAGCACGAGCGGUUCUAAUUCCAACGUCAUUAACAGAUGAACAAGUUACAGAACUUUUUUCCUAUGUAAAUGGAGUCUUAUUCCCAGGCGGUGGUGUGCAAUGGUUUACUUCUCAGUAUUAUAAACACGCAAAAAUAUUUUAUGAUCACGCAAUUCAAGCUAACAAAGGCGGAGAUUAUUUCCCAAUCUGGGGAACAUGUCUUGGUUUUGAAACGCUGCACGUGUUGACGACUAACUCAGGAGCAGUUUUAUCACCCUUCGCCGCAGAUGAUAUUUCAAUACCCCUGAAUUUCACGGAAAAUGCAGCUUCGAGUCGUUUAUUUAAGGAUGUCCCCCCCAACAUAUACAAAGCCAUGGAAACAGAAAAGGUUACUUACAAUCACCAUAGUUACGGCAUUUCACCAAAUGCGUAUAACAAAUAUCCUGCGUUGAGUCGUUUCUUUAAAAUCUUAUCAACAAAUUAUGAUUUGGUGGGAAAAGAAUUUGUUUCAAUGGUGGAAGCUCGUGAUUAUCCCAUAUAUGGCGGCCAGUGGCAUCCAGAAAAGAAUAAUUUCGAGUUCAGCGAUGAAAUUCAUGCGCCACACACAACGAGUGCUGUUUUGGUAUCGCAAGCAAUGGCAAACUUUUUUGUGAGUGAAGCCAGGAAGAGCAAGCACAAAUUUCCAACGGAAGAAAUCGCGUCGAAAUAUUUAAGUUAUAAUUACAAUACGACGUAUACUGGCAAAACAGAAGGAAAUUUGAAGCAUUUCGAGGAAGUCUACUUGUUUCCACUUUGAAAAGAAUUUAUUGUCAUAACUGAAAAGAAAUUACCCCAUGGUAUGGAAACAUGGCGAAUGUUGAAGUGAAAGUUUAAAUAGGACGUGCGAGUCUUUAUUGCUGUUGAAAGUUGAAUGUUGUAAAUAGUUGUUAACGUUUCUAUUUUAUUUAAUGUGUCGCAGAUUUUUCUUACUUUUGUCCAGGAAGCAAGAACCAAUAUGCAAUACGCAUGAUAUUCAAAAUCUGUCGUCAUCAACAAUUUUCUAUGCCAAAGUCUUUCUGCAGAAUGACAUAUUCAACAAAUUUCCUUGCUUCUAAAUUCCCACUUUUAGCAGACUCAAUUAUUUAGUUCCAGUUUUUUUCUGGGUUGAUUCUUUCAUGAAAAGUUUUUUAGAAUUUAACAUAUUUUUCUAGGAACUUUUUGUGUAAUAAAUAAAAGUAAGACCUGUAAAAAUUUUGCACUUAUUUAUAAACAAUUUUAGUAUAAAACAUAUAAUUAUGAACAAAGUAACUAUGGUAUAAA